AUGGCCGAAUCCUCGAGGCUUCAGACACCUAGCCGUUCAAAUCGCUCUGGCGAAGCGUCACCGUCAUUUACGCAGACCACGGCCGAGUUCAGUCUCGACAGCGACCUCGAUUUCGACCCUGACGACGACGAUGAUGAUGUCGAGGACUUGCAUUUGCAUGAGGCACAGCUUGGCGGUGGCCAGGCCUACGAGCUGAAGAGCCUAAGUGCAUCACCUGCGAAGGAUACUGACGACGGAUGGGGUGAUGAAGUGCCGUCGCUGCGGAGAAGAGCUAGCACCAGCACCGUCGCGAGCUUCCAGCUUUACACCCCUGACGAGGAGAGGUCCGUUGUUCGCAAGCACGACCGAAAGCUGGUAGUUUUUGUAGCACUGCUAUUUAUGCUCAGUUUCUUGGAUCGAUCUAAUAUUGGCAAUGCGCGCAUAGCUGGUAUGGACGAGGAUCUGCAGACGAAUCCCCCGUGGGACGGUUGGUAUGAGUGGACAUUGACGGCCUUCUAUAUCUCGUACAUCUUCUUUGAGUGGAUGUCGCUGUUAUGGAAGCUCAUCCCUGCCCACAUAUACGUCUCCAUGAUUGUCCUCUCAUGGGGACUGACUGCCUCGCUGCAGUCCGUCUCCGUCUCGUACCCUACGCUCAUUUUCCUUCGGGUUUUGCUGGGUAUCGGAGAGGCCGGCUUCACAGGCAUACCGUUCUACCUAUCCUUCUUCUUCAAACGAGAGGAACUAGCAUUUCGUACCGCUAUAUUCAUCUCUGCCGCGCCGUUGGCAACAACAUUCGCAUCGUCCUUGGCUUGGCUCAUCACCAACUAUGCAGAGGCUGGACCCAUAGCCCCUUGGCGUCUCUUGUUCCUCGUCGAGGGCUUCCCAUCCGUUCUCGCCGCCGUAGCCGCGUGGCACAUCAUUCCCGAUAGCCCGGAUACGGCGCGUUAUCUCACUGCGCGGGAGCAAAAGGUGGCUCGCCUUCGACUUCGACGCGAGAAGCCGCGCCAGAAGAAACAUGGGGGAAAGGGUCAUAGCAAUCUCAACCUUGGUGAAGUGUUUGCUGUCUUGUGCGAUCCCAUGGCGUUGCUGACCGCGGCCAUGUUCUUCCUUACCAACAUGGCGUACUCCUCCCUACCCGUAUUCCUGCCCAAGAUCCUCACCGAGAUGGGCCACUCUCGCCUCGCAUCGCAAGGCCUUAGUGCUCCUCCAUACUUCCUGGCCUUUCUUGCCGUACUUUUCACAGCGCAUCUAUCUGAUCGGGCGCAAACCCGGUCCAUUCCCAUCAUACUGCAUGCCCUCGCAUCGGCCGGCGGAUACGCCGCGCUCGCCCUAGCAAAGCCCAUCGGUCUCUCGCCAUUGCUGCGGUAUCUCGCAGUGUACCCGGCGGCCAUUGGCUUCUUCAACGUCGUAACGCUCACCGUAGCAUGGAGCAUCAACAACCAAGCGUCCGAGAGUAGGCAGGGUGGGGGGUUCGCCCUGAUGCAGAUUAUUGGGCAAUGCGGACCGCUUGUGGGGACGAGGUUAUACCCGGAUCGAGACGCACCUUUCUAUGCGCCUGGGAUGCAGACCUGCGCGGGUGCGAUGCUCGCCGUGGCUGUCUUGGCGCUGUCUCUGAGGUUCUACCUCUCCUACUUGAACCGCAAGACAGACGUCGCUUGCGCCGUCGGUAGCGAAGCCGAAGAAGAGGAGGGCUUGGUGGGAUCUGGGGGCCGUAAGAGGACGGCCAGCGAGGGGUUUCGAUACAUGCUGUAA